GAAACGCGUGAAACUACGCCCAAUGCGGGAUCCGGAAUCGUGUGAACGGAUUUAGAAUAGAGAAAAGGUUUUGGGAGUUUCUUGUUGUUUUUCGAAUUGUUGUGCAUUUGCGGACUGAACUGAACCGAUUGAAGUGAUAUUAGAUUGAAAUGCGAUAGUGCGAACUUGCAACAAAGUGAAGGAAGCAUUUGAGUGUUGGCACAACGAAAAAACCAGAGAAGUCUCCGAGGAAUUCCUUUACUCCCCUUUACAUCUGUAGUGAAUUCAGUGCGACUGUGUACAAAACCAGUGAAAAAGAAGAAAAGAGCAGCCUAUGGGCAAACAGUGAAGCGUGUGAAUGUGAUUUUUGUCGAGUGGGCACAGCAAUAGUGACAAAGUUAGAAUGGAUAAACAACUCUGACAGGAAAAAAGGAUUCAGAGUUCAAAGUCACUCAAUUUUAUCAGCGAAAAAAUCACCACAAUGUCAACGAGAAAAAGCUCUACAUCAGCUCUUUCAUGCACGUCGUUCUUCUUGCUGGGAGUGUUGGUCUCCUGCAGGCUGACACUCGUGCGACCCCAGCCUCUUUCAUCUCAGGGUCAGGAUAACACGCAACCCACUUUCGAGACUUCCAACGUGUUGCGGUACGAUGCCCCCGAUGAUUGCCACUAUAGACCGUUGGGCGACGGCAGUGACGUUGCGCUGACAUGCACGUUAAGGACGGUAAAUAGCGAGUUCGACACUACCAAUUUCAGCGUAAUUCCCGCCGAGCAUACUGCAUCUCUAACGGUCAUCUGCAAUGACGAGAUAAUGGCAAAGAGCUCGUUAGAGGCACGCAGCUUCGUGCAUUUGAUGAAGCUGAAAGAGCUCUCGCUGGAGUAUUGCAAAAUUGCAAAGUUCUCGCAGGACGUCCUCUUUGGGCUCAACGAUCUGCGAAAUUUUACGCUUCGCACACACAACAUCAACUGGCCAGCGUUGAAUCUGGACAUCGAAGCAAAUGCAUUCGCGGCCACCAAAAAUUUGGAGAAAUUAGAUUUAAGCCAGAAUAACAUCUGGUCCCUGCCGGAGAAUCUAUUUUGCGGAUUGGGAGGCCUAAUGUCGCUCAACAUGAGCGAGAAUCGGCUGCAGGACGUGAAUGAGCUUGGUUUUCGAGAUAAGCCGAAGGAUGAAAAUAGCACCGGCAGCAAUAAAACUCGAGAUGGCCCAUCAACAGCACCAUCGAAGGGAGCAGCCUCCUCGUCGUCAUCCCCCUGCCUACUGGACUUGGAGAUAUUAGAUGUGUCCUAUAACCAUUUCGUUUUAUUGCCAGCCAAUGGAUUCGGGGUUCUGCGACGUUUGAAGCAUUUAACCCUGAACAAUAACGAGAUCUCAAUGGUGGCAGAUAAGGCGUUAAGUGGAUUAAAAAAUCUGCAGGUAUUGAACCUGAGUUCGAAUAAAAUCGUAGCACUCCCUUCGGAGCUCUUUACCGACCCAUCCCAGGCAAUACAGGAAAUUUAUCUGCAGAACAAUUCCAUAAGCGUUCUAUCGCCGAAACUCUUCUCGAAUUUGGAGCAACUCCAGGCACUGGACCUGUCCCUCAAUCAAAUCACGUCCACGUGGAUUGACCGGAACACAUUUGUGGGCCUGAUUCGUUUAGUACUACUGAAUUUGUCCCAUAACAAGAUUACUAAAUUGGAGCCGGAAAUAUUUAGCGACCUGUACACACUGCAAAUCCUUAAUCUGCGCUAUAAUCAAUUGGAUAACAUAGCGGCAGACACUUUUGCUCCUAUGAACAACCUCCAUACACUCCUGUUGUCACACAACAAGCUGAAAUACUUGGAUGCCUAUGCAUUGAACGGGCUUUACGUGCUAUCCUUGCUAUCUUUGGAUAAUAACGCGCUGAUUGGUGUCCAUCCGGAGGCUUUCCGGAACUGUAGCUCGCUACAGGAUCUCAAUUUGAAUGGUAAUCAACUCAAAUCGGUUCCGCUGGCUCUACGCAAUAUGCGUCUACUGAGGACAGUGGAUCUCGGAGAGAACAUGAUUUCAGUUUUGGAGGAGACCGGCUUUCGUGGAUUGGGGAAUUUAUAUGGGCUUCGGCUAAUUGGAAACUAUCUGGAAAACAUAACCGCCAAUGCUUUCAAGGACUUGCCCAAUUUGCAGAUUCUGAAUUUGGCGCGAAAUCGGAUUCAAUUGAUUGAACCAGGAGCGUUUGAAAUGACGUCAAGUAUCCAAGCGAUCCGAUUAGACGGAAACGAAUUAACAGACGUAAGUGGCCUUUUCACGAAUAUGCCAAGUCUCUUGUGGUUGAAUGUCUCCGAUAAUAAGCUGGAGCAUUUCGAUUACGCCCAAAUUCCAUUCGGAUUGCAGUGGCUCGAUUUGCACAAGAAUGAGAUAACAGAGCUGUCGAACAAGCUGAAUUUCGACAGUCAGUUGAGAUUACAAACUUUAGACGCCAGCUUUAAUCGGCUAACGAAAGUUGCUGCUUCCACCAUACCGAAUAGUAUAGAGUUAUUAUUUUUGAAUGAUAAUUUGAUAUCGUCAGUCGAACCACAUACGUUUAUGCAUAAGACUAACCUGACACGAGUGGAUCUCUAUGCGAACCAAAUUCAGUCGCUCGACAUCAAAGCUUUACGGAUUCUACCGGUGUCUGACCAUAGAUUACUUCCGGAAUUCUACAUAGGAGGCAAUCCUUUUGUUUGUGAUUGCAAUAUUGACUGGCUGCAAAAAAUAAAUCAUUUAUCAUCGCGCCAAUACCCCAGGAUAAUGGAUCUGGAGACCAUCUACUGCAAGCUGCUGAACAAUCGCGAACGAGCGUAUAUCUCACUGGUUGACGCAGAACCCAAGCACUUCCUGUGUACAUAUAAAACCCAUUGUUUCGCUCUAUGUCAUUGCUGUGAUUUUGAUGCAUGUGAUUGCGAAAUGACAUGCCCGAAUAACUGCACCUGCUUUCACGACCAAAGUUGGUCAACGAAUGUGGUUGAGUGCUCUGGGGCAGGCUACACAGAGAUGCCAAGCAACGUCCCCAUGGACACAACCGAAGUUUACAUCGAUGGUAACGAUUUGACCGAAUUGUCUGGCCACAGCUUUAUCGGCAGAAAGAAUCUCAUCGUUCUAUAUGCAAACAAUUCUAACAUUCAGUUCAUUUACAACACGACCUUCAGUGGUCUAAGGAGGCUGAUGAUAUUGCAUCUGGAGGAGAACAAAAUUUAUAAACUAGUUGGCACUGAAUUCACCAACUUGGAAAAUCUCCGUGAGCUCUACUUGCAAAGCAACAGGAUCUCAUAUAUCGGUAAUCGAACAUUCUACGGAAUGAGAAAACUAGAAGUCCUGCGAUUGGACGGUAAUAAGUUGGUCCAAUUCGAGGUUUGGCAGCUAACUCAUAACCCAUACUUAGUGGAAGUUGGCUUGGCUGACAAUAUGUGGUCUUGCGAAUGCAGUUAUCUGUCGCGAUUUCGCAGUUACUUGGAAAACAGCGCGGAAAAAAUAAUCGACGCAAACAGAAUUGCGUGCAUCUACAACAAUCUGACAAGCAUACUGAAGGAGAAGAAUGGCACCAAAUGCACUUUGCGCGAGGGCAUUUCUCCGUUUGUGCACGCCAGUGAAAUCGAGGAUAUGCUUCCUCUUCUGCUAGUAGCCACUUGCGCCUUCAUAGGAUUUUUCGGUCUAAUCCUGGGCCUGUUUUGCUACCGCCAUGAGUUGAGCAUUUGGGCUCACCAGAAUUGCUUCUGGAGUCUGUGCUACAAAUCAUCAGGAUUCGUCGAUAGCUAUGACAAAGACAGGCUCUACGAUGCUUACAUAACUUACAGCUUGCAAGACGAGCAUUUUGUGAAUCAAAUACUCGCGAGUACUCUGGAGAACGAUGUAGGCUAUCGACUUUGCCUGCAUUAUCGUGACUUCAACGUCAACGCAUAUAUUGCUGAUACUAUCAUCGAGGCUGUCGAAAGCUCGAAGCAAGCUAUCCUAGUUUUAUCUAAAAAUUUUCUCUACAACGAAUGGACUCGAUUUGAGUUCAAAACUGCUGUACAUGAAAUUCUAAAAAGACGACGAAGAUUAGUAUUUAUUUUGUAUGGGGAUCUGCCUCAGAGAGAUAUUGAUCCUGAAAUGCGUCACUAUCUGCGCACUAACACCUGCAUCGAAUGGGACGACAAGAAGUUCUGGCAAAAGUUGAGAAUGGCAUUGCCCCAUCUACGAAAAAACCAUUGCCUUGCCAAGCGAUCAGCGGUGAACAUCUACGCAACUGCUCAUGACUACGGACCGCCCAGGGCAGCCGAGUGUCCCAAGCGAUUCGACUGCGCAAACUACGCAACCAUUAACGACUUCAGCAGGACUGGUUUCGACUCAGCAUCGUGCAAAUACAGCUCGGUUAGUGAUAACGCAAUGCAGAAAAACGAUCUCAGCGUUAAGACGCUUGAUAGGAAGCACCACCACGAAUACGCAGUUCCAUCGAAUUGUCUACUCGGUGCUUCCGAGUCAAACUACACUGGAACGGGAGGUAAGGACUGUGAAUGCUGUCCGACUUCUAAGUACUGCUCCUCAGCUGUGAAUGCUAGUUGUAACGGUUCCUUCAAUUCAAACAUCGCGGGCGGUGGUGGGGGUAGCAUUGCGUCAAGCACGGCGAACAUCAACCCACCCCCGCCUAGUAGUCUGUACAGUAAUUAUUCGAAAAGCUGCAACUGCACAAACCAAAAAUACGAGCCUUGCCGGUGUACUCCGAAGUACGAUUCCAACGGAUCACUGAAUGAUGUGAACAGUCUGGACAAGCGGCUGCCUCAAACACUCUGGGCGUAACGGUUGCCUGGGUUAGCCGCUGCAUAAACUAGUCAGCUAGUGUCCAGCCCCCGGCUGGACAGUAGUGUCCUCCUACAGGUGAAGAUGCCUUUAAUUUGAAAAGUGUACAUUCAAUUAGGCCCUAAAGCGAGAUGAUCCCUGGCGACAAGUACCACCCAUGCAAUCCAUCGGGGAAACGGUUACACUCCGAAACCAGCGUCGAGAAAAUUAGUCGAAUUUAUUAUUUUAAGCUUCAAAUUUCUGCAACUGCAAGACGGUCUCCAGUGAGGUGGAUUUUAGUGAUCGGGCAAGAUGCAACUCUCGCUACCAUGCCUGCCUGCGCUCCAGGCGCUGGAAACAGGCCCCCGAGCUGCAGGAGGGCGCAUCGUUGUUGUCAAUCGUUUGCAUUCAGGAAGGUCCCCGUUGCCAUCAUCGUCGUUAUCGUGAUCUCAAAAAUAAACUAAUUUUACGUAUAGAGACUUUUAGACUGAUUACUUAAUUAAACUUAUUAAUAUUAUUUAAAAGCCCAGCAAAAAUUAUUAUUGAUCAAUGGAAUGAGGAAGCAGAAGUUAAUUUAAUAUUGUAAAAAUUAAUAUUCACAGAAAACGGAAAAAUCCAGUGUAAAAUAUGAAAAUUUUUCAAAUUACUCAAACGCUAAACAAACACGUGAACGCCACAGAUAGGAUUUGAUUAAUACUAAUAUUACUAAUAACCAUGGCAUUAUUAUUCCUCAAAAUGAAGGAACUCAAGAGGCAAGCAGGUGAGAGGAAUGCCAAGAUAAGUAAUGAGAGCAACUGAAAAAAGAUAAAAACUUCCACUAUCUACUAUUUGAAAUUCACAAAGGUACUUCUAAGCUAAAUGUUUUUAUUUUUAUGUUAUCAAACGAUACAAACAAAUGUUUAAUUAUUAUUAAUUAUUAUAGUAUAUAUUAAAAAUUGUAAUUAUUUUGUAAAUACAAAAUGAA